AACACAAUAAUUAAAAUCGAAUGUGACAAAGUUCCAUAUCCAUUUAUUCAUGCAAUUUAGGGUUGCAAUUAUUAAAAAUAUGUGACGAUUUAUUUUGAAAAGGUUCUUUUUAAUUCCCAAAUCCGUAAGUGUAUUAUUGUGAGGGUCUACAGAAUCAGUCGGAAUAAAAUAAUUUGUUAUUGUUUCGCGGAUAAAAUUGAAGGAACGAAUCGAAAGAGUAAUUAUUCAUCAAGAUGUCACUGAAGAAUGCAAAGCCUGAAAAAAAGAAACCUCGAGCAAUGCCAGUUGAAACUAUUGUCACACGUUUCAAAUCGGCCCAACAGAAACGACUCCUUGAAAAAGAACAAACAAAACCAACGGCAAAGUCAAAAAACAUAAACUCAUGUAAAAAGUCAAAAACAAACUUAAAAAAGGUCACAUCGGCAGAAAAGAAGUCGCCUCGGCAUAAAAAGGUGAAAAAAUCAGAGGAAAAUGUUAACACGAAGAUAAUUGAGGAACCACAGAUUGAGAAUAAGGAGUAUUAUCCAAAUAAACUUAAAAGGAAGGUCCUUAACGCAAGAAGAUUUCUUGCUCCGAAGCCCAAUUGCAAAGUUAUAUGUGGAACAAAAAGUGUCAAUAAAAGGAAACUACACAUCCCUCAACGAGAUAUGAAAUAUGUAACUGAGCAAACGAAGGCUCAGUGUGUCAUCGAUUCCGAUAAAUCUAAACAGAAGGCUCAGUCACCAGAACUGAGUAUAACAGACAUGGUGCGGAUAAUCGAGGAGAACGGGAGUCUGGAUGAGGAGGAUUUGUUGGAAAUAUUGACGUGCCCAAGUCCUGUGUGGUGGGAGGAACCGCCUGAUGGAUAUAUUGAAGAAGCGCUGUUCUCUCAAGAUCGUCCAGAAAAAACCAUAAGUGUCAAAAAUCAAAUAAAAGAAGAACAAAAGAAGGAUGUCGAACGGAAACGAAAUAAAGAAGACAAACAUGAAUUGAAUAACAACAGCGAUAAAACAGACUUGCCGGAAUCAUUGGAUAUGAACAUAGACAAUCGAGACAAAAGCUUCAUCAAUAAACGAUGUAAAUUAGAAACGCUUUUAGGUAUAAUUAAAAACAAAGGCGUCAAGCCGCUCAUUAAUAAAAAUAAUUCCAAUAAAAAUGAAUCUGAUCCCGUUAAUAAUAAUGAAAAUGAAAGCCCAAAAGUUAAAAUCAAAGAAGAAGUCACGGAACAUUUAGAAGUAAAAGAAACAAUUGAAGAAGUAAAUACUAAAAGAAAUUCAGAAUGUACGGAUGAAGAAUUAAUUGAAUUUAGAGACGAUGAAAUAUUGAGACAUUUGGAAAAUCUCGAAAUACCAAUCGAAGCAUCUGUAAAGAAUAAUGAUUCGGAAGAAAACGAAAAUGUUAUUGAACAUACACAAACAAGGAGAAUAUCAAUGGAGUCGAAUACGAGUGACAAAAAUAUGUCCGCAGAAUAUUUAGAUUUGAGUUUGCUCGAUGAUGACGAGGCUGAUAACACACUAUACGCUAGUAAAACAAUCAAAACCGAAUCUACUCUUGACGAAUUAAAGCAAGAAAAUGAUGAAUCUGAAUAUAGUAACGACCCAUCUGACAGGAUACCUAGAUUACAAAACGAUUACAGCAAAACUAAUGACAAAUACGAAGACAAUAAUGACAAAACAGUCAGUACAGAUGACUAUAACACGAAAAUAUAUAAAAAAAAGCUUGAUAAUGAAUUUGUAACAGUUUAUAAAAUAAUUAAUAAUGAUACUUUCAACGAGAUGGACGAACCGGACAGGCAUACAAAUGUAGACAUAGAUAAGAUAAAAGAUACAAAAGAUAUGAUUGAUAGAAAAAUUAAUUCAUACUAUAAACAAUGUAAGAAGAUUCCCACUUUAAAGUUAAAACUCGUUAAGGCAUCCACAGACAAGUGUAAUCGUUAUACAAGUAAAGCUAUCACCAUAUCAGACAGCGAUAAUGUCAAAUAUUGCUUCAUUUGCUCAUCAAUAUUUGACUCUGAGAAAUGUAAUUACUGUCUACGGAAGACAUUAAAACGAAAAUUGAACGAGUACUCUUGUGAUGUGUGCGGUUUGAUAGUUAAAACUAAACAUGAAAUGAUUAAACAUUUAAGUACACACAUUUGAAGAUAUUGAGUUAUUAAAUGUGGCUUUGUUAUUGUAAAUGUUGCUGCAAAUCCAUCUGGGUAGGCAAGCAUAAUUUAUUC